GAUUUAGAAUUAAAUUUAGAUUUCUUAAUACUUCUUCAAGUCGCAUACAAAAUUUUCUUGAAUAUAUGUAGCACGUGUAUAUCAAUGGGGCACCAUACGUCUGCAAACCCCGGCUUGCAGAAACAAAGUGAGACUACCAAACUAUGGUGGUGUUUAACGAUUAAAUAGAUGAAGCGAUUGGAAAACGGGUGAAUGGCAAACUAAAGUACAAACUCAAGCUUAAAACCGGUCGGCAGUAAAAGAAACUCCUGGGGUCCGUGUUCAUCAGGGCGGUGAAAUGCUACAGGAAGUUAAACUCCAAAUAGUACAUCGUGUACCCUCAGAGUCAAUACCAGCAGGUUCUACAUUUGUACAAGCUAAUACGUAAGUAUUUUAAUUAUCCUUAUUUUUUAGUUUGUUAUGUGCGUUAACUUCCAUUCCUUCAGGUUCUAAACGCUUAUUCUGAUCAGGGUGGCAUUACUUUUUCCAACUAUACCCUGUUGGAGCACGGCUCCAACAACCCUUAGGUAAUACUGAUGAAUAAUACAAAUGCAUGUAAACGUACGGACUUUUGCACGGAAAAUAAGAGCAUUUCCGAAGCGAACAGACGUUCGAUCGCCGCGUACAUAUUCUCACGACUGGGUCUACGGGUCAGUAAGAUGUUUACCGUCCUCCCGCGGAGUUCAGAGAGGGGGCAGGUAAGGAGACGCUAAUUUGCAUACUUUAUGCAGACGUCGGCAGUGCGCGAUGUGACGUCAGACAAGGGGUAUAUAAGGACGUCCCUCAGAAAUAGAAGCAGUCGGCGAAAGUACAGUCAAAGCACGAGUAGGUCGUCCGGUUUCAGACUUAGAGCCGCCCUACAGACUCUCAACAAAACAAAGCAGAACGGCAACCUGACCUCUCCUUCGGUAAAGUGGCAGUCGCAAACGUGGCGAGGAGCAUUAUUCAGACGGGUCUUAUCCUGAACAUGAGCACAGAGAUGUUCAAGACCCCCAUGGAGGUAGCGGUAUAUCAGCUGCAUAACUAUUCCAUCUCUUUCUUUUCCUCGUUGCUUGGAGGGGAUGUAGUAUCAGUAAAGCUCGACAACAGUGCCUCUGGUGCUAGCGUUGUUGCGAUUGACAACAAGAUCGAACAAGCAAUGGAUCUUGUGAAGAACCACCUGAUGUAUGCGGUCAGAGAAGAGGUGGAGAUUCUUAAGGAGCAGAUCAAGGAGCUGGCAGAAAAGAACAACCAGCUGGAGCGUGAAAAUAGCCUGCUGAAGAACCUGGCGAGCCCAGAGCAGCUAGAGAAGUUCCAGUCCCGGCUGCCCUCAGACGAGAGCCUGCCGACACAGAACCCGCUGGCGGACCGGGCCGACCAGCCAUCGCCACACAGCCCGGGCUCUGCUGUGUAAGUGGCUCUGCCUUGGGGCGGGCAGAGCCACUGCUCUCAAGCCGAACUAGACCUCCAGUCGCAUCGUCGCGCAACUUCAAUGAAGCUGGCCAUGCUGAUGAAAAACAAAAUGAUAACAAUGGACAUUCCAGUGGCAGAGCCUGUUUUCUGUUUAACGAAAGUCUCUGAAGACCAGAGCGUUAAAGAGAGUGCAGGCAGCGAGGGGUUACAUUGGGAUAGGGAGGAGUGCCUUUUCCAGGAGGAGGAGGCUUUCUCCCUCCCCCCCCCCCCAAAGCCCAAUGAGGGGGAGAGGGAAAAUGUGAUGGGGCUGGUCCAGAGACCUGACCUGGAGUGCCCAGAGCGGCAUGUCUUCCGACUCACAGAACCGUGCCACUGACAAGGAGAUCUCCAGCGUGGACCUCCAUCUUUUUGCUCAAAAAGAGCCCCCCCCAUGGAUUUCUUCUUCCUGGAGCAGGCUGUCAGGCCCUUACUGAAGCGUUCCCUCAUCAAACUUCUCUUAUCCUUAGUCAUUUUCUAAGCAAAAUCAAGGAAAGUGGGGGGGAAAGAACCACCUGGAUUUAAGGACCCAGGAGUAGGACUUGAGCAAGACUGAUCCAUUCAGCCCCACUUUUGAUUACUGUGUGAUUCCUUAUAAAACACGUUGCUUUUCUUGCUCUGCAGCGGGGGUCUUGCUGCUUGUGGGGGAAAUUAAGUCUUUGGCUUUUUUCGAUGUUUUAUGGAACAGCAAAGCUGAUUCGUCAAUAGGAACUUUGUCACUGUCAUGAGAUGAGGUGUUUUUAAUGUGGAAGAAAUUGAUACAAAUUUGCAUAGUUUUUGUAAAUUUGUACAUAGUGUAAAGUGAAGUACUCAGAAUCACGGAGAUGGAGAUAAUGGAGUUAUUUUUAUUUUUUUUGCAUCAGGUGCACUCCCGAUAUAAGACUGAUUUUUAUGUUCAGUAGAGCUGAUGACACCAACUUGAAACUGAGGUAAAAGAUGGGUGUCAGACUGUUAUCUGAGAAUAGAGAUACGUUUUCAGCCCAUGAGAUGUUUUCUAGCUACCAAAGACGCUCAGUGUAUACUCACAAGCCAACUAGGACCAUGUGUUAUACUCACAGGGAGAAGUCUUGUUAGCAGUUGGAGUUACAGAAUAAGGGGUAUUGUUGCUGUAUUGUGUCCAUAAGACGUACUGCAGGUAUUCACAAUGAUGUAUGGAUACAAAAUGCACAUUGCAAUAAACAAUAUGUUUACACAAAA